AUGAAUAGAGGUAAUAGAGAAGCUAUUCAAGUGUGCAUUAGGGUAAGGCCGCUAUUGAAACCGUAUGAAGAUGAAGAAAUUUGGUGCACUGACUCUAAUAGUAAUUCUAUCUAUACAAUAGGCGCAAAUCAAAGUGAUUCAUCGCCAUUCAGAGAUAAAGAAAUAAAGCUAAUUCUCUCAUCUUUGAUCGACCAAGCGAAAACUCCUAAAAGUGGGAUUAGCCUCUAUCCUUAAUAAAACACAAUUUUCAUAUGACUAGCAUGAAGCAUGCUCUCAAAUCUAGGUACCUGUCUUUGAUAAUAAUGAAUCUUAGAGAUUAUGCCGUAUAAUCAUCGCUCUUACGCAAUUUUAAUGUGAUUUAUAUCAUAUUUUGUAAUAUUUUGCAUAUUCCUCUCUUGUGUUUAUAUUGAAUAUUCAAUAAUUUUUAAACGCAAUGUUAAAUAAUUUCUUUUAAAAUAUAUUUUAGCCCUAUUCAUUAUCGAAUUAUUGCAAGAUGGAGGAAUAAGAUAUUCAGAAGGGCAAGGCCCACAAUCUUUUACAUAUGACCACGUAUAUGGCCCAGAGUUCACUUCUCAGCAGAUUUAUCAACAAAUUUCCAAACCAAUCGUGCAGAGAGUUCUAAAUGGCUUUAAUGGGACUGUUUUUAUGUAUGGACAAACGACUUCAGGUAAAACUUAUACAAUGCUUGGGACUCCAGACUUGCCUGGGAUUCUUCCUUGCUCUAUUAAAGACAUUUUUCAAAGCAUCGCUAAGGACGCUGACAGAGAAUACUCAGUUUGGGUUUCCUAUUUAGAAAUUUACAAUGAGCAUAUCAAUGAUCUGCUAGUUCCCGGGUCAAAUAAUCUGAAAAUAAAAGACGACCCUAAACAAGGCGUUUUAAUUCAAAAUUUGAAGCACCAACAAGUAUGGACCUUUGACCAGGUGAUUUUAUUGAUGAAUUAUGGAGAAGAGCACAGGUCUUAUAGAGAAACAAGCAUCCAUGAGCACUCCAGCCGCUCCCACACAAUUUUUAAGCUGUAUAUAGAAAGUAUAGCAAGAGGGGAUAGAGGCGAUGGCAGAAUCAGGUUUGGGUGUUUAAAUUUGGUAGAUUUGGCAGGCAGUGAAAGACUUAAUGAGUUUGAUAUAAGGAAUCAAAGCCAACUAGGGGAGACUGGACAUAUAAAUAAAUCGCUGUUUACGCUUGCUCAUGUGAUAAAUAAGCUUGCUGAAGGAAAAACUCAGCACAUUCCGUAUAGAGAUAGCAAACUAACGAGGAUUUUAAGCUUUGCCUUGGGCGGGAAUUCGUUGACUGCGAUUGUGUGUACUGUGUCUCCAGCUGCCAUGAAUUUCCAGCAGACCAUUUCUACACUGAGAUUUGCAAGCAGAGCUAAAAUUGUCCAAAAUGCUCCACAUUUAUACUGUUAUGGAUUAAAUAUUUAAAUUAUUUAUAAAUAAAUGCUUUAGGCUAUAUGCACACAAAGUUAGUAUAAACGAAAUUUUAAAUGAAAUUGCAACAGUAAACGAAUACAAAGCAGAAAUAAUUCGCCUCAAAGAAGAAUUAAGCCAAAUUAACGAAGAAAAACUGAGCUUGCAAAUAGCGUAUAAUAAAUUAGAAAGAGAGCUUGAAAACGCCCGAAAAGAAGUAGAAAGCCACCGAGAAGUCCAUAAAGAUGCUAUAAAUGAGCAUGGAAAAGACAAGCAAAAAAUUGAAAAAUUGGAAAAAACUUUAGAAAUGCAGCUGAGAGAGCUAAAUAGCCAUAAGUCAGAAUUCAGUGAAAAAUACCAAAAAUUGCUUGAUAGAUUUCAAGAGGAAAGAAAAUAUAGAGCAAGACUAGAAAAUGAGCUAACUGAGCAUAAGCAAGCUUUAGCAGAAACCAUCAACUCAGAGCAAGGGACACUAAGAUAUCUAAAUAAAUUAAUUCUAGAUGCAGGUGGGACACCUGUAGAAAUCCCCAACCCAAGCUCUACUUAUCAAGCUAGCCCUCAGGAAUCAUAUAUACAUUAAUUAAAAAUUUUAAAGGUGUGCAACCCUACACUCCCACUAAAGGGACAGAGCCAAAAUGGUGAUGUCAUGAAUAUUUCCAAUCCAAAAGGUCGGACCAUCCCAAAUAAACUGCCUGCCAACCUGACCAGCGCUUCUCGCCUGGCUCUAUGCCAUCGCCCUUCCCUUAUUCAACUCCUGCGCAUGUUCCGCCUAAGGGACACCCUCCUCAGAUGUGCUGAGAAGACUAACUUUGAGCCUCUUGUUGCGCUGUAGAGCAGUUCCUCUGGUUAUCUCCAAAGUUAAACCUCUGCUGCUCUGCAGAAGUUUUCGAGAGAAACCUAACCCAUAAAUAAAAUUCCAUGAGGGAGAGAAAAUUAGCAAAGCUAAUUUAUCUCGAACCAAAUGCCAUUCUAUUUAUUAUUCCCAGGAAUCAAAUUUUUUAGAAUCUUUGACCCUACAAAUGGACCAAGAUUUUAUCCCAGAACCUAAAAUCCAUGAUGAAUGGACUAGCCAGUCCAAUAAAAUCAUUGAAAACUAUAAGCAGCAGCUAGCAAAUUUGCAAAGUGAGUACCACGACAAAAUCCAAAAUCUUUAUUACCACCUUUCCUCCGAAACCAAAAAAUCCCCAGCCAAAUCAAUUCCAGAAUCCCCUGACUCUCCUCAGUCUCCUUAUAACAAAGAUCUAUUUUCUUCAAUAAAAAUAAAUUUUGACCAUAUCAUUGAAGAAUAUUUAGCAAAUCCUAGCAAUAGUCCUGAUCUUGCCGACGUUAUUGUCAGCAAAUUAAAAGAUUAUCGAGAUUUAUUAGGAGAUCAAAUUGAAGGGAAAUACGAUGACGCAAUUGUCAAGCUUGAAGAGUUUUUCAAGGAAAAAAUUUCGACAUCAAAUAGAGUAGAAAUUUCGCAGCUGACUGAUCAUCAUAGCGAGCUACUAAAAAAGCUAAGGGAUCAGUACGAAAAUAUGAUGGAAAAGCUUGAGCAAAACUAUUUACAAAGCCGAUAUCUUAAAAAAUGUUAAAAAAAUUAUUUUUAAAAUAAAUAAUUUUUUAAAAAAAAAAUUUACAAACCCUCCAGCUUUUCGAACAAUAUUUUUUGGAAAAUGAUGAAUACCAAACUAAAAUUUAUUAA